AUGACCAAACUUCUCAGUUAUGCAAUAUUAGCGCUCACUAUAAUCGCCUUCUUACUCACAGCCGCUGCAUUAUGCACACCAUCCUGGCAGGUACAUACAAAUGUUUCAAUUUUAUUAUUAUCCUUUCUAUGUAUAUGCUCUUGCUCUCUCAGGUGGUGUACGCUCGCGAAAUCCGACAAUGGGUGCAAAGCGGAUUAUGGUUAUCAUGUCAAACAAGGUAUUUGUGUAAUUGAACUAUGCGUCACAAAACAAAACCAUUUUCAGACCCAAUGGCAUGUACAGUUGUACAUACACGUUCUCGCACGACGACUUUGACACAUAUUUCAGCGACGAAGUAUCUGGUUUUAGAACGCCCGCGUUUUAUCGUAAGUUUUUAAGUCAAAUGCCAUGGAAAAAGAUAUUUUAAGCAUGGCAGCGAACACUUUUCCACGUGUACCUGAUAUCACAGACGUUCGCAAUGCUGUCGAUGAUCAGUUUCUGCGUAUCGGUCUCUCAUAGUGAAUCCCGCUUGCCAAACAUUUUGCGAAUGCUGUUUCUGGUUUUGGCAGGUUAGUUUUUAAAAAUUGAAAGCCAAAAACUUCUUGACCUUGACUUGAGAAUAAUUUUGCAGCAUUCAUCGCAUUCGGCUGCCUCAUUGCGUUUGCCGUCUAUUCUUACAUGGUCGAGUACAGAUUCUUCCAUGUUUCUGUUAGUGGCAUUUAUGAAGUUUGUACAUACACGAAUACUGUGUAAAAAAGUUUUGUUUCAUAACACAUCUUCAGAAACACCGUGGCUAUUCCUGGUACAUUGCCCUAACCGGAGCGUUCGUUUAUCUGAUCGCUAUUGUACUUUCCGCCAUAAAUGUGUUCUUGCAAGCGCGAACGAAUCCGUCAAUGUCCCGACAGAACAUCAACUCGUCUCUGGUUAGUUCCUGCAUGCAAAAAAUCACUAACCCCUAUCCUAAUUGGAAUCCUUUUACAGCAAAGUGACUUUUUCGAGUACCAAUACCAUCCGAACCGGUCGAUGGAAUCAUUUGAAGACCGUUUCGCGAUGAGAACACUUCCGCCGAUUCCACGGACUGAAAAGAAAACGACCGUCUUCUAA